GUGAAUAAAUGGCUAGAGGUGAAAGUUUGAAGCCUAAAAAAAAAGAAACGGUACACGUCCAUUUCCCGUUUCUUUGCUCGUGAUGUGGUGGUCUUUGAGCGUCAAAUUUUCAAAGCAGAUGGAUAUAGUAAAUAUAAAGUCACAUCAUGUGUAUAUAAAGUGAUAAUUAAAAUGACUGAAUCCACACAUACCAGUUUGGAUUAUAUAGAGGAUCCAUAUUUUAAUCCACAAGAUAGUACUUCCACUCCGAGUUUGGACGAGAGCGACUGUUUGGACGAUUAUGAUUUGCUAGAGAAUGAACUAGAAAUUUUUGACUUGAGACAAUUAGAUUUUGAUGAAGUUGUAAACCAAACUUUGCAUAAUGACGACAUGGUGAAUGUAGAAGCUGAAUUUUUUACAGUAAAGAGGGCAAACACAAUCAUAAGGGCAUUUUUCAGAAACAAAUUAAAGAAACAAGUCAGGGUUACUUAUUGUGAUUUAUCAAAGCCUUACUUGGCCAAGUUACCAAAAGACAGUAAUUUUAGAAAAUAUUUAGAUAUUAGUAUGACAGGUGAAGAAGCUCUGGCGGCAGAUCACAUUGUUCCUGAUCUGUCCCACCUUACUCCGGAAGAGAAGGAGAAACAGGAGAAAAUCUGGCGUGAGGAGCUUGCCCAGAUCGAGGAUGAAAUUGCCACAUUGAGGACUGUACUGGCUUCCAAGAUGCGUCGUAGUGCUGAACUUAAGCGGAAUCUGGGCAUAACUUUCCUCAAAGAGGUAUCUGAUGACAUCAACCAGGGCAUUAAGAAUGUCAAAGAGAGCAAUGUGUACCAAACAGUAGAAACAAAGGUGGGGCAAGUAACAAAAGCAGUCACUGAUGCACCCAUUUACCAGAAGACCACCUCCAUCAUAGGCGGCAUCACGGGUAAUAUUUCCAGCAAACUUUCUCAAAUGAAACAAUCAGAGUCGUUCCGUUCUUUUGAGGAAAAAGUUGGGUCUGCAUAUGAGAACGUAAAGACGAAAGUAGCAUCCCGUUCAGGAUCACAGCAGAGCCUGGACGAGGCUGGUAGAUCAAGAUCGGGCUCGGUAGCGACAAGUCCCAGCAUUCCGGAAGAAAAGCCUAUAGCAUAAGGCCUACGAGCGUCUAAAUCAAACCAAUCAGUGACCGAUGAAUGCCUUUACAUAAUGCUUUUUAUUUUAAACUAUUUGAUCUAUCGUUUUGUUAGUUCAAGUCUAGUUUUUUUUUUUUCGAUUGUGGGUGGACUAAAUAUUAUGGUGAAGAAAUUUAUUAUUUAUAGAUGCGUAAGAAGGCAAAUUGCGUUACUUAAAAAGUAUAUUGUGGAGUGGCUAUUUGUGUUUCUUGUACAGGUCUAGCUAAAAUGCCCAGCUAUUUUUACAUGAUAGUUUUUCUGGUAACAUGUUGAUUACUUAAAUGUUAUAAGUGUAAAAUCUGUAUCUCUGAUAA